GAAGGACACAGUGCAUUCAUGCCAUGUAGAACACACUGGUACAGUUUGGGUGUAAACUAUUUGGCAAGUGCGGAAGUGGAUAAUUCAUUAUGGCAACGGUCAUCGGAAUUCUCAUAAUGGUUGCAGUAAGGAUCUCAAAGGUCAACACUCACGUCUGUACUUUCCAUGACCAAUAUGGCAAACUGUUUGUUGACUGUAGAGGAAGACAACUCCUGCAUGUUCCUGACGACCUUCCACGGAAUAUUACCUCUCUUGACCUCAGUGACAAUCAGAUUACAGUUGUGAGAAAUUUGACAUUUCAAAACUGUGGCUGUCUUAAGUACAUAAACCUGAACAAUAACUCACUUGUCACUAUGGAGCCUGAUGCCUUGGUAGGGGUAUUCAGUCUGACCACUCUGCUUCUUGCAAGCAACAAACUGUCGCACAACAACAACUCCUUACCCGAAGGACUUUUCCGUGACCUUGGAAAUUUGCAUACAAUCAAUCUUGAGAAGAACAAGAUGAAAGCAUAUCCAGAUUUGGUGUUAGCUCCCCUCACCAAGCUCCACAGCCUGUACAUUGACCCCGUUCCAGAUGCUGUCUUUGGGUCUGGAUUCUCCAAACUGACAAAUCUCAAAGUUCUCAAGAUGGAUGGUGGUCAUUGUUCUUUAGAAAAAAUAACAAAUGAAACGUUUCAAAGUUUAAAUGAAACAAAACUUGAGAUACUACUUCUUAAUCACUGUCAUCAUUUAACAUUUUGUGAGACUGGUGUUCUUGAGCCUUUGUCCUUCCUAAAACAUCUGGAACUAACCAACAAUGAAAUUGGCAUCCAAAAUGUUUUACAUCUUCUUUAUCCUCUCGUUGGAAGGAACAUGACAAGAAUAUGGUUGAACAACACAUAUAUAACCCGAGCUCACUUCAAGGAAGAUGUGGAUGAUCGUAUCCUUACAGAAUACAGCACACGCUUUUUGACUCAGAUAUGUGUUUCGGAGUUGUCCUUGAAAGGUAACCGGAUAUGUUUAAUUGAAACAGGUUCUUUAUACAAAUCCCCCAUUCGUGAAUGUUUGGAAGUGGUCGAUUUUUCAACAAACCGCCUGAUUGGAGAUGCAUUGUUUGUGUUAUUUUUUGCAGCGUUCUCAAGACUGAGACACCUUGACUUAAGUCAUCAACAUCAUACAUAUGAUAGAGUUGAGAGCAUAUGGGAAGAAGCAGAAGGGAGAAAAAAGGGUAACCUCACACUGAUGCUUCCCCCAAAACUUCAAUAUUACGAUGCAACAAAUACAUUUAUGUUGUCAGUAACAUAUGAUGAAAUCACAUUUACAAACACCGAACAUCUUGACACAUUGCUUUUUGGAUACAACCAACAACAUGAUCGUGCUCGUGUAAAGGGGUUGGAAAAUGUAAGUCAUGUUGACCUAUCUGGAAACAAACUUGGCAAUGUUACUGAAGAAUUUUUUAAGUCAUUUUCAAACGUCAAAACGUUAUCUUUGAAACAUUGCAACUUACAAUUUGCCAACGAUGUGCUAAGAGCUCGGAAUAUAUUUGGUGCUCUUAAAUUAGUGGAAUAUUUGGAUCUUUCGUUGAAUGGCCUACAAUUAUUCCCAUUCAUCCUAAAUCAAAAUAGAAUCAUUCAUCUUAAUCUUUCGCAAAACAAAUUUGAUACUAUUCCCAUUGUGACAACUACUUUUCCACGUCUCACGCUUCUGAACAUGUCAUAUAAUAUGAUAGGACAUUUGGAUAAGUAUACACAAUCUGACUUGGAUUCUUCGGCUGAAAGAAACCGUCUGAAAGUCAUAGUUAAGGGCAACACUUUUUCUUGUGGCUGUGAAAAUCUGGACUUUAUCCUGUGGUUGAUGGACUCACCAGUAAUCUAUGAGUCUGACAGGAAUUUCCCUUGUAUUCAGGACAAUGGACAAAUAACAAGAACUGUUGAGGUUGUCAGGAAUUACAUGAGCAUCUAUCGUCACUGUACUGGUAUAUGGAUGUUCACUCUCACAGUCCCAUGUUUGACUGUCUUCCUGACGUCUAUUGUAACUAUAUACCUUAUCUCCAAGAACCCAACAAGAUUCAAAAACAUUCUCAUGGGAAUACUUGGGUUUGGGGUCAAGUAUCUUACUCGAAAAGACUUUUCUUUCACACUCUACAUUGGAUAUUGUGAAGCUGAUAUUCCUUUUGUUUAUCGGAAAAUUCGGCCUGCAUUAGAGCUUUGUAAUCACCCUGUGCGUCUCUUCUUAAAAGAUCGUGAAGUACUUCCGGGUCAUGACAUUGCUGACGGAAUUAUAGAAGGUAUUAACAAAAGUUGGAAGACUGUUCUUGUUGUAUCACAUGAUUUCCUUGAAGACCCCUCUGCCUGGUCACAUUUCACCAUCAAUGCAGCAAUAUACUCCAUGAAUGCCCUCAUUCCUAACCGGAUAUUGAUCUUACUGGUGGGUGACAUUGAAGCAGGGGACCUUCCCCAGUGUCUGUUGAACAUGGUUGAGGAGGAAUUUAUAAUACACGUGGACGAGUACCCUGAAGAUCAGACAGCGUUGUGGAAACAUCUGAGAGAGAUUGCAAAUUUGAAACAAUAAUGGCUUAAUAAGUGGUAUGAUAAUCGGUAACUAGGCUGGUUAAAAGUGAUGCAAUGACUUUUUUCAUUCGUGUUACCAUAUACUGAUCAUGAUCUCUGAAGGUAUUUUCUAUAGUACCUUACGUCCAGGAUGCCUGUUGUGAACCACUUCCGGGGAUUCAUCUUGGAGUGGAUGUACAUUAUAUACAGGUAUUUUCUGUAUGAAAAUUCUGUAUGUCACAUCCCAGAACCGUCUAUUGUAUUCGUCUCCAGAUGUUUAGGAAGCUUUUUAUGAACCACUGCAAGGGAUUAAUUCUGAAGUGGAUAUAUAUUACGUGCAUGUUGUACAAAGAAUCAGUGCAGUGUUUUGUAAGUGAAUAUGUUGUGUUUUGCUGAAGUAAACAUGUGUUUUAUUCACAUUAAAUUAAUCACGGUUUCACAUAUUCCUUCACAACCCAAACUAUAGUAAAACAUAUUUAUAUCAUAUGAUUUGAACUGUAACCAAUGCAUGUCUACAAUUGUAAGUCCCCAGAAAACUAUGUAUGGAGAACGAGGCGAUUGAAUGGAUUAGGUGGUCAGACUCGGUUGAUUGAUAUGAAUAUAUUUUCAGUCAGCGCUUCAAGAUUUACUAUGUUUUCGUUGAAAUGACAACAUGAGUUUGUGAAUGAAUAUUGUUUUAC